CGCGCGGCUGGAGAGGCGGGAGGCGCGUCAAGGUCAGGCUUCGACGCGGUGGCAGGCUGCCUAGGGGCGGGAGACCCUCCUGGGGGGCUGGGCUGCGGCCUCCAGCGCCUCGGCCAUAUUGAACAGCCUCGGCAGAGACGCCUUUGUGAAGUCCGCUCCCGAGUUCCAGGCGCGUCCCCGGUGCCUGGGGCAGAAAGAACCACAGGCACUCCGUGCACCCCAGCUUGGAGCCGGGACGCUACGGCUCCAGCCUGCGGUGGGCUUUGACCUCCUCCCGGCUCACGUUUCACCCUGGAGAUCUUAAAGACCCUCGAGAAGAGCCAUGUGGGGGGCUGGUUCCCCUGGGGGUUCCUCCCGUCCCCCGACUGCUUGAUCCUCUGGAGCGUCCCGGAUGUCUGCAAAGACGUGGAUUUGGACGUCCUCGUGGAAGCCUUGAAGCCCGUGGGGACCUUUAAGAAGAUCGGCAAGGUGUUCCGCAGGGAGGAGGACUCCACGGUGGGGAUGCUGCAGAUCGGGGAGGACGUGGACUACCUGCUCAUCCCGCGGGAGGUCAGGCUGGCCGGGGGCGUCUGGAGGGUCAUCUCCAAGCCCGCGACCAAAGAGGCCGAAUUUCGCGAGCGGCUCACCCAGUUUCUGGAGGAAGAAGGCCGCACCCUCGAGGAUGUGGCCCGCAUCAUCGAGAAGAACCCCCACCCGCCUCAGCCCCCCAAAAAACCCAAGGAGCCCCGAGUGAGGAGGAGAGUCCAGCAGGUGGAGACCCCGCCCCGGCUGGUCGUGGGCACCUAUGACAGCAGCAAUGCCAGCGACAGCGAGUUCAGCGACUUCGAGACCUCCGGAGGCCGCGGCGCCGAGGGCCGGGGAGGCGCGGGCCGGGGAGGCGCGGGGCGGGGCCGGAGGCCGCGCAGGAUGCCCGUCAGCUACUUGGGCAGCAAAUUUCUGGGGAGCGACGUGGAGAGCGAGGACGACGAGGAGCUGGUGGAGGCCUUCCUGCGGCGAGGGGAGAAGAAGCCCAACGUCCAGCCCGUCCGCCGCCGCGUGCCCCUGCCAGUGCCCAUGUUCGAGGACAGCCUGGCACCCCAGCUGUCCAAGGCGGACCGGUGGCGGGAGUAUGUCAGCCAGGUGUCCUGGGGGAAGCUGAAGCGCAGGGUGAAGGGCUGGGCGCCGCGAUCCGGCCCCGUGGUGGGCGAGAACCGGCCGGUGCCCGCAGCAGUGGAGAGGGAGGGGGCAUCGCUGCCCGGCGUUGCCAGCCCGCAGAAUGACGCGGGAAAUGGAGUCGAUGGGCGGGUGCCUGAGCCGCCCCCACGACGGUGGAGGCCCAAGAUCAACUGGGCCUCCUUCCGGCGCCGCAGAAAGGAGGAGGCAACAUCCCUGGCCCAGGGGGCAGAUGUCCCCCCUGACCCGGGGGCAGAAGCUGUGGAUAACCAGAGGGCAGAGGCCAUGGCUGUCCAGGGGGCAGAGGCUGCAGAUAAUCACAGGGUAGAGGCUGUAGCUGACCAGGGAGUCCUGGACCCAACUGUCCAGAGGGCAGAUCCUACAGAUAAUCAGAGGGAAGAGGCCAUAGCUGUCCAGGGGGCAGAGGGUGUGGAUAGUCAGAGGGUAGAGGCUGUAGCUGACCAGGGCACAGAGACCCCAGCUGUCCAGAGGCCAGAGCCUGUAGCUGACCAGGGCUCAGAGACCCCAGCUGUCCAGAGGCCAGAGCCUGUAGCUGACCAGGGCUCAGAGACCCCAGCUGUCCAGAGGCCAGAGCCUGUAGCUGACCAGGGCUCAGAGACCCCAGCUGUCCAGAGGCCAGAGCCUGUAGCUGACCAGGGCUCAGAGACCCCAGCUGUCCAGAGGCCAGAUAACCGGAGGGAAGGGGCCUCCACUGUGGAGGGGGGAGCGGCUGCGUCUGAUGGGACAGCGGCUGCGACUGACCGGGGCCCGGGAGCUGCAUCUCAUCAGAGGGCAGAGCCCCAGCUGUCCAGGAAGCUGAAGCCUCGGCUGCCCAGGGGGUUCCCAGGGCUCCUCCAGGAGCUAGGGCUCGGAAACAGGUCAAGACAGUGA